UGGUGUUAUUUUUCAAAAAGAAAAAAUGAAAAUUCAGCGUUCAGAAAAUGAAACACGAAGAACAGUCAAAUAAGCUCAGCUGUUUCUACUUUUGUUGGGCUCUGUCCUGUUCGAUCGAUCAGCUCAAUGCCGUCUCUGACUCUCAACGCCGACGCCUAAGCUCUGUUUCCGAUCUCCCUUCCCUCCGACAUGCAUCGGCCCCCGCCCGUCCCAGUGCUCCUCCUCUUGCUGUCUCUGGCCCUGGCCGGCCGGGUCAGCUCCCACGAGGAGUCCGGCGAGUGGAGCUGCGACUCCUCCGCGUCGGAGAUCCGUGUGGAGGCCCCGUUCCUUCCCGGAAUCAUCACCCUCGAUGGUCGCGCCGACGAUUGGAGCGAUGUUGAUGGCUCCGAGUUCUCCCUCCUCCCAGCCCUCGACCCCGAUGAUGACAAGGAGUACGGCGGCGGGAAGAUGACCGUUAAGGCUUUGCAUGAUGGGAAGGAUGUCUUCUUCUUAUUACAAGUCGAUGGGGACUAUGCUUACUCCAAAGGUGAAAAUACCAGAUGCCCAUCAGCCGCUCUCAUGUUCCAGAUUGGUGAGAGUGCGACAUAUCAUAAUAUGGGAGGGUGUAAAGAGGGGCGUGAUAGUUGCACCAAUAAGACUUGCAAAGGUCAUGAGGUUGACAUCAUGCACUUUUCGAUCGGAAAUGCCAUCCCGGGACGACUUUAUGGUGGCAAUCCAAUAGACAAUGGAAAGGGGAAUGGAGGCGACAGGUUUGGCCAUCUGGUGGAUCUUUAUGCUUGGACGCCGCAUUGCAGAUACAUUGAUGGAACUGGUCCUUCAGGAAAUGACACCAGUGCGCAAAAUAACUGGAAGGGGGCAUGGUGGCAUAGCAGCCUCUCUGUUCAGUCAGGUUUUGUUGAGGAAGACAGUCCAUAUGCUUCAAAUGGUCAGAAGGGUGCAUAUUACUUUGAAUUCUCACGGCCUUUGAGAACAAUGGAUCGCCUUCAACAGGAUGCACAGUUCACGGUUGGUGGAACAGCCAAAAUGUCCGCAGCAUUCUGGUACCCUGUUAAUGGAAACCCAUGGCAUGGGUCGGGCCACUUCUCCAUCAACUGCGACUGGGUCUCAAUGGACAUAUCCUCAGGCACGUCACUCCUCACAAAGACCGCCUCGUCGGGUAGUUCGUGGGAUGCUGCAAGUGCUUUCUCUCUGCUAUUCUCGGUGAUAUCCCUGUGCCUCUCUGUUUUCAUAGCCUAUCGGAAUUUCGGACCCAAGUCCGCUCAAUAUAAGCCCAUGGAGAUAUCUCUAGGGUAGUUUGCUGUUGUCCAUUUUUAGGAAGUGUACUGUUGAUGAAUGAGAGACUGUACUGCUUUGCAUAGGGUAUUAAGUACUUUAAAGUUUUGCCAUUUAGGGUCCAAUUCUUUAGAUCAAUAAAGUCUCACUUUUUUUUUUGAGGGCUUUUUCAUAGUAGUGGGUGUCCUUAUUUCAUUCCAGUUUUGUGCUGCUUUUUGGUUUGCUUUCUGUGUCGUGUCCUUUCAGUUUAUUAAUAAUACAUGCCCUUAUCUUAUGGUGAA